AUGGAGGAGAAUCUGCUCAAGCAGCUCGGAUGUGCUGAUUCGAUGUAUUCCUCUUGUCUCUGCUUUGAUGCCUUUAAUCGCCUGGCCAGGGCAGGCCUCCAUGACAGCAUAGUCGGCUGUCUCGUGGGGUCCGCCCUGGGCGACGCGGUCGGUCUCUACACCGAGUUCCUCUCCGGCGACAUGUCGGCCGCCGCAUAUCCCGCGCGCAAGUUUGUGCUCUCCCCACAGUCGCAGGCGACUCCAUUUCGCCGAGACUCGCACCGAGGACCACAUCGACCCGGCGAGUGGACCGACGAUACGGACCACGCCAUGCUACUGCUGCUCUCCUUCCUGCACACGGACCUCAAAACUCUCGACCCAACGGACUUUGCAGCCAGACUGCAUGUCUGGGUGCAGUUUGGCUUUCUGCCGCUCGAUACCCUGCCGCUGGGGCUGGGACGCGCGGUGGGUGCCAUCGUGCGGACAAAGACCUAUCUCGACGACCCGGAGGCGGCAGCCCGGCGGCACUGGACUAACUGUAAGUACAACGUGGCGCCCAAUGGCAGCCUCAUGAGAACGCAUCCGCUGGGGCUGGUAUGUCUCGACAGGAACUUGGACGAGACGUUUGACCUGGGAGCCGCCUUUUCGGUCGUGACGCACGUCGACCCGCGCUGUGUGGCCUCGUGCGCCAUUGGCACGGCGCUCGUGCGCGGACUGGUGCUGCGAGAGAUUCACACAGAGGCAGACAUCGAUUCCAUGAUCGGCGCGGCCAUUCACUGGUAUGCGAAGUACCGGGUUCGGGCGUUGCAAGAGCACCCGGAACGGCGAGACGAGCCAGACUUGGACGUUUCGGAGCUGCGCCGACACGCCAAGGUAGAGAGCCUCGACGAUUUAGAGCUAGACGACAGUGGUAAGAUUGGCUACGUAUACAAGACUCUGGGCGCAGGCGUGCACCUCCUCCGUCUCGCCAUGCGUGAUACUGCAACCGGCAUGCUCACAUCCCGGGCACUGGCGUUUGAGCCGCUCAUCACAGACCUAAUCAUGCGAGGCGGCGACGCUGACACCAAUGCCUGCUUUGCGGGCGCUCUGCUGGGCGCUUAUUUGGGCUACGCUAAUCUGCCGCUUAACUGGCGCAAUGGGCUGCGACACGGCGAGUGGUUGCUGGGUAAGGCUGAGGGCCUGAGCCAGAUGUUGGGCGUCGCAGAUGGCGAGUAUGUCGGGUCGGCAGACCGGGAGACGGCGCGGGACGGCGGGCGAGCUUCGUGUUAA